AUGUUUUCUGCUACGCCGAGAGGUGGAGAGAAGGCUCUGAGGAAGCACAGUGAGGGAGAGGAGGCUCUGAGGAAGCACAGUGAUGGAGAGGAGGCACUGAGGAAGCACAGUGAUGGAGAGGAGGCUCUGAGGAAGCACAGUGAUGGAGAGGAGGCUCUGAGGAAGCACAGUGAUGGAGAGGAGGCUCUGAGGAAGCACAGUGAUGGCGAGGAGGCUCUGAGGAAGCACAGUGAUGGAGAGGAGGCUCUGAGGAAGCACAGUGAUGGAGAGGAGGCUCUGAGGAAGUAUAGUGAUGGAGAGGAGGCUCUGAGGAAGUAUAGUGAUGGAGAGGAGGCUCUGAGGAAGCACAAUGAGGGAGAGGAGGCUCUGAGGAAGCACAGUGAGGGAGAGGAGGCUCUGAGGAAGCACAGUGAUGGAGAGGAGGCUCUGAGGAAGUAUAGUGAUGGAGAGGAGGCUCUGAGGAAGUAUAGUGAUGGAGAGGAGGCUCUGAGGAAGCACAGUGAUGGAGAGGAGGCUCUGAGGAAGCACAGUGAUGGAGAGGAGGCUCUGAGGAAGCACAGUGAUGGAGAGGAGGCUCUGAGAAAGUAUAGUGAUGGAGAGGAGGCUCUGAGGAAGUAUAGUGAUGGAGAGGAGGCUCUGAGGAAGCACAGUGAUGGAGAGGAGGCUCUGAGGAACCACAGUGAUGGAGAGGAGGCUCUGAGGAAGCACAGUGAUGGAGAGGAGGCUCUGAGGAAGCACAGUGAGGGUGAGGAGGCUCUGAGGAAGCACAGUGAUGGAGAGGAGGCUCUGAGGAAGUAUAGUGAUGGAGAGGAGGCUCUGAGGAAGUAUAGUGAUGGAGAGGAGGCUCUGAGGAAGCACAGUGAGGGAGAGGAGGCUCUGAGGAAGCACAGUGAGGGAGAGGAGGCUCUGAGGAAGCACAGUGAGGGAGAGAAGGCUCUGAGGAACCACAGUGAUGGAGAGGAGGCUCUGAGGAAGCACAGUGAUGGAGAGGAGGCUCUGAGGAAGCACAGUGAUGGAGAGGAGGCUCUGAGGAAGUAUAGUGAUGGAGAGGAGGCUCUGAGGAAGUAUAGUGAUGGAGAGGAGGCUCUGAGGAAGCACAGUGAGGGAGAGGAGGCUCUGAGGAAGCACAGUGAUGGAGAGGAGGCUCUGAGGAAGCACAGUGAGGGAGAGGAGGCUCUGAGGAAGCACAGUGAGGGAGAGGAGGCUCUGAGGAAGCACAGUGAGGGAGAGGAGGCUCUGAGGAAGCACAGUGAUGGAGAGGAGGCUCUGAGGAAGCACAGUGAGGGAGAGGAGGCUCUGAGGAAGCACAGUGAGGGAGAGGAGGCUCUGAGGAAGCACAGUGAGGGAGAGGAGGCUCUGAGGAACCACAGUGAUGGAGAGGAGGCUCUGAGGAACCACAGUGAUGGAGAGGAGGCUCUGAGGAACCACAGUGAUGGAGAGGAGGCUCUGAGGAACCACAGUGAUGGAGAGGAGGCUCUGAGGAACCACAGUGAUGGAGAGGAGGCUCUGAGGAAGCAUAGAGGUGGUGAGAGGAGAGAAUCUGAAAUCAAUUUUAAAAAUCCAAAACUGAACAAGCCAAAAAAAAGAAGGGAAUUUAAAACAGAAUGG